AUGCUUUUAACAAUCCUCGGGGUGAUGUUGUUGAUCAUCAUACUUAAAAUGAUUAUAAGAAGAUUCAAGCUCAAAAACAUCCGGGGUAAAUAUGUCUUUAUCACUGGAUGUGAUUCAGGAUUCGGAAAGCUACUGGCCACCAGGCUGGACACCCUCGGAAUACACGUCUUCGCCGGGUGCUUUACAACAAAGGCUUUGGAAUAUUACAUGAAAAACAGCAACUCUAUCAAGGCGAUAGCUCUAGACGUGACCGACGUGAAAAGUAUCGAAAACGCGUAUCAGGUAGUGAGGUCUACCCUGCCUGAAAAUACAGGCUUAUGGGCACUUGUGAACAACGCAGGAACUCUGGGACACUUCGGACCUGUGACAUGGCUAUCAGAAGAGGAUUAUCAACGUCCUUUGUCCGUCAAUCUUUUUGGAAUGGUUAGAAUGGUUCGAACCUUUCUCCCAAUUGUCUUGAAAUCUAAAGGCCGAAUCGUCAAUAUGACCAGUGGUUCCGGAAAGAUAGCGGCAUUAAAUGUGGGACCUUACAGUAUUUCUAAAUUUGCAGCUGAAGCAUAUUCUGAUACCCUCAGGAGAGAACUUUACAAGACUGGAGUGUCGGUUCAUAUAAUCGAACCUGGCUGCUUUAAAACGGGUUUUACAGAUAUGGAACUUAUCACAAGAAUUAUUUCCGGAAACUUUGAGAAACUAGACGAUGAGAUGAAGACAUUUUAUGGCAAGGGAUAUAUCGAUAAGAUUAACUCAACGUUCAGAGAUACGAUUAAGAGUUUCGAGUCAUCAAAACUCCACAAGGUGAUCGAUGCUUAUGAACAUGCGGUGACCGCCCGAUUUCCCUUGACACGAUAUGUUGUUGGCUAUGAUUCCAAUGUGUUGGUAUUUCUGAACACAUAUUUCCCCGAAUGGCUGAUGGACUUUCUUGCUUGUGUAAUGUCUCCUACACCAAGUGGAGGAACAUAG